ACGAUUAGUAAUUCUGCUCAAAUCAUGCUGGGAGCAACCUUGCAUUUAAAGCAGUUCCGUCGCGCUGUGACCUGUGAGUGCUCGCUGUUGUUUGAAAAUUAUAUUGAGCAAGUAGUCGAAAACUUUUGAGAGUUUUUCAUUACACCGGUUCGGCUAACUGCUGUUCACAAUAUGGCUCAAACAAUUGCUCCCACUGCUGAUGAACUGGCGGCUAAACGCCUGGUCUUCCGCUAUAACACCAGGACCGAUACAUACAUUCAUGGAGAAAACACUGGACAUCCCGAAAAAACAAAAGGCUACCAAAGCCAGGCGGCCCAAGAAAAAAGCAUAGCGUGCUACUCCGCGGCUGAAAGCCAGUCAUACAACUGUACAGCUUGCUUGUACUCCUGGGAAGAUGGACAUUUGGAAUGGAAUUUCGAACAUCCCGACUGGAAAAUCAAGAGCGCUCACCUGUCGCUACCCUAUAAAACCGAGGGCGGAUCAGUGAAGAUAUCUAUUCUUGUGGAUGACAAAGAAGUGGAGAACUGCCAAAGCACGGAUGACGAAGAAAAGUGUACCAAGUUCGAUCUGACCGCCGAAGGCCGUAAACUGACCGUUAAGGUUGAUUUGAACGGACGCGCCAUGUUGUUCCCGCAGUUGAAUGCCGAAGAUCCUUGCGGAGACUUUUACGUUUCCAUCAAAUUCGAAUAAAUACGAAAUAAAACAUUUUAAGGAACUAGAAAUUCUGGAAAUUUUUGUUUGCAAUUUUGUUUGCAAAGGAACCAGUAUGUUUCCGCAAUUCUGCGUUUUCUUGUCUCGAAUUGAGUAUGCAACAGCACGAUAAAAUUCAAAACAACAACCAAAAUAA